AAUUGAUUUUGAAUAUUUUUAUGAACAUUUAAGAUUGCGCGUUUCCCAAAACUCCAUGGAUGGAAUGGGUUCCUUGAAUAUUUUAUGACAGAUUAGCACCACAACCCUUGAAUGAAUUGUUUGAAAAGCUACGAAUGAGUAAAGAUUAUGUUUUAGGCACUAUUUAUAAAAUGAAGUAUUUGUGUACAUCACACGACACAUUUUCCCCAUAAUCAAAAACCCGCAAGGAAAGCAAAAUGUCCAGAAAGCCUCAAAUUCACAUGUUCUUUGGUGCACCCCUUCUUUCAAGUGCUCCAAGGAACGCUAAAGAAGAGGAUGGUUCUUUGGCUAAUGAGAAGCCAUGGAGAGAAUUACACCUUUCAUUUACCAAUAACACUUUUAACCUUUGUAGCACAGACUUCAGGUCUCUUGGCCAUGAGACCGCAGAUGAUACCGUUUUGGCUGUCAAUUCCAAAGAUCACUUCCCAGUAAACUUUGGGGAAAGAGGUGGCUCAGCUGAUGCUUUUAUGACCGAUUGCGCAACAUCUGUUGGAUGUGUCAAAUCCUUCGGCAAUAAAAAGAAGGCCCUGUGUGAGUCACCUGACCCUGGUUGUUCUGCCGGUUGUGAUAUUAGCAGAGGGAACCAGAAAAAGCAUCAUGUGUCUCAACAAAGCAAAAAGGAUUCUAUCGAAGGAAGUGCUAGUUACAUGAUAUGUAACCAUCUUGAUACUUCUCCCUCGGUGUUUGAGGUGAAGGACUUAAAAAAAUGUGUGGUAGAUAAUCAUAAUCCACCUGGUCUUCAGUGUGAACCUCAAGGUGAAAAUCUAUUCCUAAAGCAGUAUCUGAAAAGAUGUUCACAAAAAGCCGAUGAAUCAAAACCUGGAAGCUUGCUAGAUGAACCUCAGGGUGAAAAUCUAUUCCUAAAGCAGUAUCUGAAAAGAUGUUCACAAAAAGCCGAUGAAUCAAAACCUGGAAGCCUGCUAGAUGAACCUCAGGGUGAAAAUCUAUUCGUAAAGCAGUAUCUGAAAAGAUGUUCACAAAAAGCCGAUGAAUCAAAACCUGGAAGCCUGCUAGAUGCACCUUCAAAUCUUGACAUAUCAACAGACAAUGAAUUCCUCAGUGUUCUGACUUUAAGCCAAGUUGCUCUCUGUUCAGGACAGUAUGCUGUAGAACAGAAUGAAAUGCAAAAUAAAGCUAUAGCAGGGGAAGGAGUAGAAUUGGGCCUCCCUUAUAGGGAAGACGGAACAGAUGGAGAACCUCUAGUUCAAUUAAAUGAAGAUGGUGAUACGGCUGCUAAGAAAGUUGACGUAAACUGUGAAGCCAUCUCUGAUUGUUCCAUUGAACUCUUUGAUUCAGAUAACUCCAGUCAAGAUCCCUCAGAUGUCAAAGGAAGUUGUCCUCUAUCUUCACCUCUUAAUAAGGAAGGACAAGACCUUAAACCCCAACAGAAAAGACCGCUACGUUCUCCAGAAGAUCACCAUGCUGAAAGAUCUCAAGUAUCUGAAGAUCAGGUGACUACUUCUCGCUUUACCUUUGGGUAUCAGCAGCUCUCCAAAAGAAUCAAAUUAGCAUGUUCUCCUGUUCGCCUGGUUCAAAAACCCAAAAAAAUGUGGUUCCCAGGAAUUGGGAAAGCUCAGAAGCAGCUGUCAUUGCUUAAGGAUUGUGUUGAGAAAAGCCGGAAGUACUCUGUCUUGGUUGUAGUGCUACAUCCUUGUCAUAUCAAAGAGAUCAAGACAGGAAGUAAUUCAUCCUCCAAAGUCCCUUUAGCCACAAUUGUGGUUGCUGAUCAAUCAGAAGUGCGACAGAAGGUUGCGUUGUGGAGAGCAGCUGCCUUUUUAUCACUUACGGUCUUUCCUGGAGACAUCGUACUGUGCACAGAUGUCGUCGUCCAUGAGAACCGUUGGGUUGGAGAAAUGACGCUACAAUCAACCUUUACCACCAAGCUGGUCAAUCUUGGAAGCUGUUCAGCUGUUGAUUGGAAGGAAGUCUCACAUAGAGUAGACAGUCGUCAUCUCCAGGAUUUGCUGACCUACGUUUCUGCAAAGCACGCCCCUCUUCAAACUGUCCCUCCAAGGCAAAGGCAGAGUCUGGACCAGGUUCCCCACGUGCUUCUAAAUCAGCUGAAACCGGAUACUUUGGUGCAUGCAGUGUUGAGAAUCGUCAACGUCACAGUGCUGACGGACUCGGUGUACAGUUUUAAAGAAGAAAAACAAAGAAAAAUCGUCUUAACGGUGGAACAAAUCAAGGGUCAACCUUACGCCCUGGUCGUCUGGGGAGAUGCAGCAGCCCAGUGUCUUCAGCUUCAAAGGAAGAAAGCUCAUAUUUGGGAAUUUAAGUAUCUCUUUGUAAAACACCACCCCGUCUCUGGUGACUUGGAAUUGCACACGACACCUUGGUCGGUCCUAGAGUGCCUUUUUGACGACGAUAAAAGAGCGGUGACCUUCCGAGACAAGUUUGGAAGGGACGUCCGAGAGUUGGUGAAGACGACCACGUUGGCUUCCCAUCUGGAGGAAAAAAGUUCUGGAAUAAUCGAAGUCAAGGGCUGCGUUUCAAAGCUGAGCUUCACGGAUGCUUCCUUGUCCUACGGACAGCUGGUCUUUCACGCUGGUAGUUCCCUGGAGCACAUAUUCGCUUCUCUUCCUCUGGUCACCUACAAGGGGUGCGCAAAAUGCGGCUGUGAACUACAGACAGACGACAACGCCAUCUACCAACAGUGCCCUACUUGCUUACCUUUGAACAAAGUCAAAAUCUUCUACAGACCUGCCGUGAUGACCGUGGAGGACGGGGAUUAUGAAAUCUCUGUUCAGGUGGGAUCCGAAUUGAUGGAGAAAAUAUUCCUUAACAUUCCCGCAGAAUGGCUGAAGAAGACCGUAGAAGCUUCCUCAGAUGCCACCUACGGGAUGCUGGUGGCCGAUCUUUGCCACUCUCUGCUCACGGAUUCCAAGGCGUCCUACCUUCUAACCAUCAAGAGCCAUUUUGUCCUGGAUGAAAACAGUUUCCCUCUGGAGAAGGACUUCCGGCUGCUGGAAUUCCACCUUGAUCUCUGAAUUCCACCUUGAUCCCUUUCUAAUGAGGUUCCUCACUCAAGUUCACGACCACACAAAGGCGUAAAAUGGGGCGAGUGGACAAGUUUGUUUGUUUGUUUUGUCUUGGAAAUGAAUGCGUGUUAUUUUUACGAAUGCGUCUUAAGAACAAUGAUUUCUUCAGACCGUUAUUAAAAAGCUACUCAAAAGC